GCCUCACGAAAACAUCUCCCACAAGGUGGCCGCCUCGCGCGAGGUCAGCAGCAGGGCAAACAGGGAUGCGUGAGUGACUGACGUGAGCUAAUCGCUAAUGACAGGCUUCACAGCCCCGGCGGCCCUCAGAGCCAGGCACCUCGCACCGCUCCUCCUCCUCGAGACGCAGUCCCGGCCCGCCCACCGUUCCCACGCCGCCCAAUAGGCGCCGACGCGACUCAGCGAGUGGCCGGAGGAGGAGGUGUUGGGACGGCCGGACGCUGAACGGCCGUUCACGACAACGUAGUGACGUCACGCGUCGACGCUGGGGCGUACCUGUCGGGCUCCUGACUCCUGCCGCUUCUCUUCCCCUUCCGUGGGUCAGGGCCGGUCCGGUCCGGAACCUGCAGCCCCUUUCCCAGUGUUCUAGUUCGCCCGCGACCCGGAAUAAUGAGCAAGGAGGGUGUGGUGGGUUGAAAGCCAUCCUACUUUACUCCCGAGUUAGAGCAUGGAUUCAGUUUUAGUCUUAAGGGGGAAGUGAGAUUGGAGAUUUUUAUUUUUAAUUUUGGGCAGAAGCAGGUUGACUCUAGGGAUCUCCAGAGCGAGAGGAUUUAACUUCAUGUUGCUCCCGUGUUUGAAGGAGGACAAUAAAAGUCCCACCGGGCAAAAUUUCCGUAACCUCUGCGGUAGAAAACGUCAGGUAUCUUUUAAAUCGCGAUAGUUUUCGUUGUGUCAGGCUUUCUUCGGUGGAGCUCCGAGGGUAGCUAGGUUCUAGGUUUGAAACAGAUGCAGAAUCCAAAGGCAGCGCAGAAAACAGCCACCGAUUUUGCUAUGUCUCUGAGCUGCGAGAUAAUCAGACAGCUAAAUGGAGUCUGAGCAGCUGUUCCAUAGAGGCUACUAUAGAAACAGCUACAACAGUAUAACAAGUGCAAGUAGUGAUGAGGAACUUUUAGAUGGAGCAGGUGUUAUUAUGGACUUUCAAACAUCUGAAGAUGACAAUUUAUUAGAUGGUGACACUGCAGUUGAAGCCUACAUUUGAAACUGGGAUACCGUAAUAUCGAAUCGUGUUCUGCAUGCUCUGCUGUGUAUUUCUUUUCCUAUGGCAAUGGAUGUCUCUGACUGAAUUGGUGUGGGGAAGGUGUGUGGAGAGGUCAAGAAAAUAGCAUGGACUAAGGAACUUGCUUAGUCUUUCCUGGAGGUAUUCCACUACAGCUCUACUACUGUCUUCACAGGAACUCAUUAUACAAUGACAAAUGGAGGCAGCAUUAACAGUUCUACACAUUUACUGGAUCUUUUGGAUGAACCAAUUCCAGGUGUUGGUACAUAUGAUGAUUUCCAUACUAUUGAUUGGGUGCGAGAAAAAUGUAAAGACAGAGAAAGGCAUAGACGGAUCAACAGUAAAAAGAAAGAAUCAGCAUGGGAAAUGACAAAAAGUUUGUAUGAUGCGUGGUCAGGAUGGCUAGUAGUAACACUAACAGGAUUGGCAUCAGGGGCACUGGCCGGAUUAAUAGACAUUGCUGCCGAUUGGAUGACUGACCUAAAGGAGGGCAUUUGCCUUAGUGCGUUGUGGUACAACCACGAACAGUGCUGUUGGGGAUCUAAUGAAACAACAUUUGAAGAGAGGGAUAAAUGUCCACAGUGGAAAACAUGGGCAGAAUUAAUCAUAGGUCAAGCAGAGGGUCCUGGUUCUUAUAUCAUGAACUACAUAAUGUACAUCUUCUGGGCCUUGAGUUUUGCCUUUCUUGCAGUUUCCCUGGUAAAGGUAUUUGCUCCAUAUGCCUGUGGCUCUGGAAUUCCAGAGAUUAAAACUAUUUUAAGUGGAUUCAUCAUCAGAGGUUACUUGGGAAAAUGGACUUUAAUGAUUAAAACCAUCACAUUAGUCCUGGCUGUGGCAUCAGGUUUGAGUUUAGGAAAAGAAGGUCCCCUGGUACAUGUUGCCUGUUGCUGCGGAAAUAUCUUUUCCUACCUCUUUCCAAAGUAUAGCACAAACGAAGCUAAAAAAAGGGAGGUGCUAUCAGCUGCCUCAGCUGCAGGGGUUUCUGUAGCUUUUGGUGCACCAAUUGGAGGAGUUCUUUUUAGCCUGGAGGAGGUUAGCUAUUAUUUUCCUCUCAAAACUUUAUGGAGAUCAUUUUUUGCUGCUUUAGUGGCUGCAUUUGUUUUGAGGUCCAUCAAUCCAUUUGGUAACAGCCGUCUGGUCCUUUUUUAUGUGGAGUAUCAUACACCAUGGUACCUUUUUGAACUGUUUCCUUUUAUUCUCCUAGGGGUAUUUGGAGGGCUUUGGGGAGCCUUUUUCAUUAGGGCAAAUAUUGCCUGGUGUCGUCGACGCAAGUCCACGAAAUUUGGAAAGUAUCCCGUUCUGGAAGUCAUUAUUGUUGCAGCCAUUACUGCUGUGAUAGCCUUCCCUAAUCCAUACACUAGGCUAAACACCAGUGAACUGAUCAAAGAGCUUUUUACAGACUGUGGUCCCCUGGAAUCCUCUUCUCUUUGUGACUACAGAAAUGACAUGAAUGCCAGUAAAAUUGUCGAUGACAUUCCUGAUCGUCCAGCAGGCAUUGGAGUAUAUUCAGCUAUAUGGCAGUUAUGCCUGGCACUCAUAUUUAAAAUCAUAAUGACAGUAUUCACUUUUGGCAUCAAGGUUCCAUCAGGCUUGUUCAUCCCCAGCAUGGCCAUUGGAGCGAUCGCAGGAAGGAUUGUGGGGAUUGCGGUGGAGCAGCUUGCCUACUAUCACCACGACUGGUUUAUCUUUAAGGAGUGGUGUGAGGUCGGGGCUGAUUGCAUUACACCUGGCCUUUAUGCCAUGGUUGGUGCUGCUGCAUGCUUAGGUGGUGUGACAAGAAUGACUGUCUCCCUGGUGGUUAUUGUUUUUGAGCUUACUGGAGGCUUGGAAUAUAUUGUUCCCCUUAUGGCUGCAGUCAUGACCAGUAAAUGGGUUGGAGAUGCCUUUGGCAGGGAAGGCAUUUAUGAAGCACACAUCCGAUUAAAUGGAUACCCUUUCUUGGAUGCAAAAGAAGAAUUCACUCAUACCACCCUGGCUGCUGACGUUAUGAGACCUCGAAGGAAUGAUCCUCCCUUAGCUGUCCUGACACAGGACAAUAUGACAGUGGAUGAUAUAGAAAACAUGAUUAAUGAAACCAGCUACAAUGGAUUUCCUGUCAUAAUGUCAAAAGAAUCUCAGAGAUUAGUGGGAUUUGCCCUCAGAAGAGACCUGACAAUUGCAAUAGAAAGUGCCAGGAAAAAACAAGAAGGUAUCGUUGGCAGUUCUCGGGUGUGUUUUGCACAGCACACCCCAUCUCUUCCAGCAGAAAGUCCUCGGCCAUUGAAGCUUCGAAGCAUUCUUGACAUGAGCCCUUUUACAGUGACAGACCACACCCCAAUGGAGAUUGUGGUGGAUAUUUUCCGAAAGCUGGGACUGAGGCAGUGCCUUGUAACUCACAAUGGGAUUGUCUUGGGGAUCAUCACAAAGAAGAACAUAUUAGAGCAUCUCGAGCAACUAAAGCAGCACGUCGAACCCUUGGCGCCUCCUUGGCAUUAUAACAAAAAAAGAUAUCCUCCGGCAUAUGGCCCAGACGGCAAACCAAGACCCCGCUUCAAUAAUGUUCAACUGAAUCUCACAGAUGAGGAGAGAGAAGAAACGGAAGAGGAAGUUUAUUUGUUGAAUAGCACAACUCUUUAACCUGAGGGAGUCAUCUACUUUUUUUUCCUCCUUUACAAAAAAAGAAAGGAAAUAUAAAAGCCGGGUUUUUGCAACGUGAUUUGCAAAUAAUGCUGGUGGAAUGGAGGAGUUGUUUGGGGAGGGAAAGGAGAGAGAAGGAAAGGAGUGAGGUAUUUCCCGUCUAACAGAAAGCAGCGUAUCAACUCCUAUUGUUCUGCACUGGAUGCAUUCAGCUGAGGAUGUGCCUGAUAGUGCAGGCUUGCGCCUCAACGGAGAUGACAGCAGAGUCCUCGAGCACCUGGCCUGUUGCUCCAACAUUGCAAAGACACAUUAUCAGUCCCUAUUUCUAGAGGGAUUACUUUGAAUUGAGCCAUCUAUAAAACUGCAAGGUCUUGCCCUUUUUUUUUAAUCAAAACUGUUCUGUUUAAUUCAUGAAUUGUAUAGUUAAGCAUUACCUUUCUACAUUCCAGAAGAGCCUUUAUUUCUCUCUCUCUCUCUCUCUCUCUCUCCCCUGAGCUGUAACAAAGCCUCUUUAAAUCGGUGUAUCCUUUUGAAGCAGUCCUUUCUCAUAUUGAGAUGUACUGUGAUUUUACUGAGGUUUCAUCACAAGAAGGGAGUGUUUCUUGUGCCAUUAACCAUGUAGUUUGUACCAUCACUAAAUGCUUGGAACAGUACACAUGCACCACAACAAAGGCUGAUCAAACAGGUAAAAUCUCGAAGGAAGCGAGAACGAAAUCUCUCAUUGUGUGCCGUGUGGCUCAAAACCGAAAACAAUGAAGCUUGGUUUUAAAGGAUAAAGUUUUCUUUUUUGUUUUCCUCUCAGACUUUAUGGAUAAUGUGACCGGGUCUUAUGCAAAUUUUCUAUUUCUAAAACUACUACUAUGAUAUACAAGUGCUGUUCAGCAUAAUUAAAUAAAAUGCUGCUGCUUUGACAGUAAAGAGAAGGAAGUAUUCUGAGUAGCUGUAUCUGGUAUUAAUUGCAUGUUAAAACACUGGAAUUUUUAAAAUUGAAAUUAGAUCAGUCAUUCUUUUCUUUUCUCAAGAUAUCUCAUGGCUGACACUGAAGAAGAAAUGUAAUUCAUAACUUGCACUAAAUGUAUAUUUUUUUUCUUAAAAAUUUACCAUUCUUAUUUAUAUUUUUAUGGAUUAAAAUUUAUAAAAUACAGAUCAGUUAAUAUUGCACUUAAGUAAUUUUACCUUUUUAAUGUGAUUUUUAUAGAAUAAUUCAGACUUACAAAUACAGAGAUAUGAACAAAGUUUACAGUGGGAACAAAGGUUUAAAAAAAGGUUGUGGUUCUCUCUCUGUGAUCCAGUGUGUACAUAAACCUUUCUCUGAUCUUUCACUGCCAUCCUCUGGAUUAUGUCUUCUGACCUGUCCAUUUUGACCCAUUAACUGGAAAGUUGAAAAACUACAUUAACUGGAAAGUUGAAAAACUACAUUACUUUGGAGAAUAAAACCGAAAGUUCGUGUUUACCUUCUUAAAAAAAAAAUCAAACCAAAAAUUUGAAAACAAUAGAAUUGCAAAGAUAGCAGUUAAAAUUUUAAUCUGAAAAUAACCUUUGAAUCUCGGGCUAGAUUACGUCCAUAUUUGAAGUGGUCAAUGAUGGUUUGAACAUUUUUUGCAGGAUGAGUUAAAAUGCACUGGAUUAUAUUUGGGAUUUUUGUUUUUGGAAUUGUCUGUUUUAAUCACAGUCUUAAUUCACAAUUGGCAAAGGCAGUUUACUCAAAGGACUGGGCUAAAUAUUCUGUAAUUAUGCAUUUUUGAUAGGAAAAUGAAAUUUUUGCAAACAGACAUUUUCUUUUUUUUUGGCUGGAGUGCAGUGGGGCAUGGUCUUGGCUCACUGCAGCGUUGACCACCUGGGCUCAAGUGAUAGUCCCGCCUCAGCCACCCAAGUAGCUGGCACUACGGGCACACGCCACCAUGCCCAGCUAAUUUUUUUGUAUUUUUAGUAGAGAUGGGGUUUUGCCAUGCUGCCCAGGCUGGUCUCAACUCCUCAGCUCAAGCAAUCUGCCUGCGUGAGCCUCCCAAAGUGGUGGAAUUACAGGCGUGGGCCACUGCGCCUUGCCCAGACAGACAUUUUCUGAAACACAACUGGCAAUGAGCUGUUUUUACAUUUUGAAAGUGAUUCUUCACUUCCUAGUUCUUAAUUAUACUAUACCUAUUAAGAUCUGUAAGAUCCUGAAGACUUAUAAGAUCAUGAAGCCAUAUAAGAAUGAGGAUUGAAAGUUGAGCAAAAUUUUCGGGAUUUUGGGAAACAUUCUUAGCUGUGCUAUCUGCCUAAAAUUAUUCCUUAUUACUUCUCUCCUUUGACAGACUUCAAGUUUUCUUCAUAGCCCUUUCAAAGUUUUUUGGGCCAUCCAGAGUAAAAUCAUUUCUAAAUGAUAGUUCUGUAUGUCUCCAACUUGUCUUAAGUGUAUUUGCCUGUGUGCAACGUAUUGCUAGACUAUGAACUCCUCAGCAUGGCUGCUGGAUAACUUAAUUGUCCUGAGUUAAUAGCCUUCAAAGGACAAAUCGGUUUCUUUGCAGAUAGCUUCGUAAAACUUCACAUGGAGUUUAUUUUAUCAUAUUUCCCUUUUUUUCUGCUCCUCCUUUAAUUGCCCAUCUUGCUUCAGAGACUGACAUUUCAGGGUGGAUAUUAAUUAAAGCAUUAAUUUUGUUUUUUGGUAUAUUUCUAUCCCUAGUGUUUCUAUCUUACUGCUAAAAUACAGGAAAAGUGCCGUAUUUUUAAUGCAUUUAGUGGUUUUCUUUGGUGUUAUCUGUUCCAUUUUUCUUUUUCAUACAUUGAAGUGUGUCUCCUUUUCAACCAAAAUAAUGAAAUAGUGGAGACCAUGAAAUUGUUGUGCCUGGCUAAUUGGCAAAUUAAUUUACCAAUAUAAUAAGUGUAGCGCCUUGUUUGAAUACCCUUUUUGAGAAGGUAUGAUGAGAAUGGGCAAGGGUGUCAGCAUCUCUUCUUCUUAAUAAUUGUUUUCAGUUUUGGUUCACGAAGAAUGCUUAGUUAAUCUGUAAUGUUGCCUAGAGCUGUAUUUAUCUGUUUUUAUUUAUACUAGUGUAGUAAAGCUGCAUAUCAUUACAGUAAAAAUUAUUACUGUGAUGAGUUAAUCAGAAAAUCUAUUAAAAUCUAUAUGACAA